CCGAGGCUUACGUGACAACUUGCUAUGUGCACUUACAUGUACAUGUGUACUAGUACUACCAAACACGCCAAUCUUCAGCAAUACUUCUUUCAACGGUCAGUUGGAAUAAUUUCAAUGAACUUAAACUAACGUAUCGGAGACCACGGACUAAGGCGAACCUUUAGGCUGUUUUUCUCUCGUUGCUGCUCAUUUUACAGGUCCGCCAUUUUUGGAUACAGGUGUGUUGACACCUGACACCACUCCGCCAUUGAUAAACUUUUCACCUACGUUCAAUUCAAGGUAUUCCAGUCAAAGGUAAAAGAACAUGGGUGGUUGGUAUAGUAGGCGACGAAGACGGGAACGAGAAGGACCUCCCCGAUCACCAUCACAGUCGUCUUCACCACCGGUACGGCUUUUAGCUAUAGAAUCAAGAUCGUCACCAACUUCAACUUUAGGAGUUGGAGAUUUUGGGUGGCUUGGUGGAAGCUCUAGAGAACAUCCAGACUUGCCUCCUCCGCGACCUGACCUACCACCAUCACCACUGUCACCAACAUCACCACUAUCAGCUGCCCACCAACAAGACGACGCCUACGAUGACGUCAACGUGAAUGCUGACGUGUACGUCGAACCACAGCCGGACCAGUUCAAUCCGGGAUCAACUGAUGACGACAUCUACGAUCAGCCGCCUCCGGAAGAACUGAACCAUCACCAGGGCCAUCACGCGGCCAAUUACGGUUACCAUGACGACGCCGUGUAUGGGAACGACCCGGAUCAGUUUUCCGGAGAACCAUAUCCAGUUUCAGGUGACCAGUAUCCGGGUUCAGGUGACCAGUAUCCGGUUGCAGGUGACCAGUAUCCGGUUGCAGGUGACCAGUAUCCGGUUUCAGGUGACCAGUAUCCGGUUGCAGGUGACCAGUAUCCGGUUUCAAGUGACCAGUAUCCGGUUUCAAGUGACCAGUAUCCGGCUUCAGGUGACCAGUAUCCGGUUUCAGGUGACCAGUAUCCGGUUUCAGGUGACCAGUAUCCGGUUUCAGGAGACACCGUGCAAUCCGGAUUCGAGACAGCCGAGCCGGUCUACCAAAAUACCGGUUUCGCAGCGCAGUCAAAUGCAUCACAACAAGACCCAUCGAUGUAUCAGAACUUUGAAGAAUCGAACUCGCAACCCGGAGCACAGGAGGAUCCGAACCUGUACUACAACUACACAGCACAACAUGAACCAGUACACGACCUUCCUCCCCCUCCCCCUCUGGACUCCGAUGAUGAACAGUUUCUGUCUUUGGACACUAUGCCCUCACUCGACCCUCCCCCACCCCCAGAAGGUACCCCUAGUCACUUCCAAACUUCCCAACUCCCCCCUUCCCUACCCCCGGCAGAUCUACCCAGUCUUCCACCACCCCCACCACCCACACAAACCCCAACACCUGUAACGCAGUCCCCGCGCCACACAGCGUCUCCACAAGGUACUGCAGGAGGGAGGAAGAAGACGAGAAAACUGCCGCCCCCACCCCCGGCCGGGCCCCGACCGGAGUCCGCCAGGAGAGCACAGAGACCGCCACCAAGGAGUGUGAGUCCAGAACCAUAUUCUGUCAGCAAGUCCAUUUCAUCAGAGGGAGGGAAAAUUGUCGUAUAUGCAGACAGGGUCGUCGUACGCAUGACGAUAGCAUCCGGGAGCCUUCGGACAGCCGAGACUGUCAGUAUAAGAUUGCAGCGGAACCACUUAACGAUGAUUAAGAACUCUGGCCUUGAUGACACUUUGUCGUUUUUCCAUGAGCUCGACUGUAAACCGGAUAACCUCCAUUUUGAACAACCUGCACGCGUAGAGGUUGUUUCCGCAAACUUUUCUCCGCAUGACAAUUUUCUGUUGUUUGGAAAACAGAGAUCCAUUGAUGAUGAAGAAACAUGGAUUGACUUGUCAGAAGAUUGUUCACUGCAGAAAUCAGAUAUGGGGGUAACGUUUGAACUCCAGCAUUUUAGCGUUUACAUCCUUGUAGCCGUCGUCAGUUCUGUGACCUUGUCUUCUGCCAGUAAACUGCUCCUUGACUGCCUUAAUGGCAAGUCGUUCCCGUGCAACUUCACUCCAUUCAUAGGAAAGGUGUCUGGGAAGAAACAUCCUCUGACAAUCGUCUGCAAAGAAGGACACCACGCAUCCACUUCAACACCUUACAUGUACCACCGGUUCGGAAGGGUUGGGAGGUCGGAAUUCAACCUGUUUGAUGAAGAGAAGCUUACAGUUGAAAUAAGACACAUUUCUUUGAUCGACAAAUGUUCCGAUUCGUACCAGAUUAACAGAGCCAUCUGCAAUACAGAUGAGGGCCAGACCAUGGAUUUGAUAGUCAAGCCUGAACAAGAGGAAGAGUUCAUCUGUCAAGCAGUGAUUUUUGUUUGCCGAUUCCUUGGAGCAAAAGAGAAGAAGGUCUGUACCCUCAACCUCACACCCCAAGGUGUCCGCCAUGAACACGAGGAGUCAGGACAAGUUGCUCAAGUUCUAGCUUUAGAGACGAUGGUUAUUGUGCACGCUGAAAUGCAAUCUACUGCUCCAGGCGACCGUGGCAGGGAAGGGGUUCGGAAGUACUUCUUCUUCAUCAAAGAAAAAGUGAGCUCGGAUUGGAAAGACCUGGCCUACUUCUUGGACCUCGACGACGCAGGAAUCCGAAACAUCGCAGGCAGAAACCCAGAUGACAAGUCCUGCUGUAUGGACAUGUUACACGACUGGCACAGGAGGCAGGGUGAUGCCGCUACUGUGGAGGUCCUCAUAGAGGCUCUGUCUAAAGCUGGGCUUCAGCACGUCGUGGAUGAUCUGAAAAGCGAAUUCCCUGAAACAGAACCUGAAGAUGCAAUGCCAGUGGAUCAGAAUUGACAUUUUGUUAGAACUUCGACCAUUAGAGACAGAAGUGCAGCGGCUGGAUCCACCAAGUUAGAUAACACAGACAAUACCUUGCUGUGAUAGACUUCAAAUACAGAGAGGUUCUCCCAACUUACAGAUGCGCUACCAAAGGUAGAAAGAAAAUCGUUCGGAAAAGAUGGAAAUGAUAUUGAUAAUUUUAUGCAUGAAUGAUUUGAGAUUAGGACCUUUUUCCAAAUAUGUAUCUAUAGUUAGAUUCAUCUGGUAGCUUCCCAUCAUAUACUUUCAUGUAGAGUGGUAUAUUACUAUAUACAACGGACUAGAGAUGGCUAGAAUAAUAGAUAUACCUUGCAUAUAAAUGUAUCUUACUUUUAUUGCUUGAUUACGUACAUGUCAAUUGGGCUACAGAUGUUUCUACGUGUUGAAUUCAUACAUGCUAAACUAUAGGUGAACUGAAGAUAAAAAGCACAAAUAGUGGAUAUACAUAUACAGACAGACAAUUUAGUGAGGUCCCAUUUUGUAUAUUUCAGUUUCUCUUGGGUCUGCUUGCUUUUCUUCCAUGAGGAAUUUAUGUAUUAUAUUACUGCAACACUAUACGUUACAUGCAUGUUGUAUACUUGAUAUAUAUUAAAUCUUUUUCCCUCCAAUGAGGUCGUCAGUUAUUCGAGUACCGGACUCAUAGAGUUGCAUGCAUAAUGAUUUCAUGAGUUAAUCUAUACCGUAGUACAUUGUGAUCAGAUUCUUGCUUGAUAUUACUUUAUCCAUAGCAUAGUAAUAACCAAAACUGGUUAAAUCAAGAACAAUUUUGUACAACAUCAAUGGGUUAUAAAGUCGUUUGGGUUGAAUGAUUCCAUAGGACCAAAGAUCAAUGCAACAGUUUAUAUGAUAAAAACGGUGGAGAGAUAGCCAGAAAAUUUGACUGCAUCCCUGCUCACAUAUAUAAUACAAAGAUCAUCGUGCUAAACAAGCCGUAGCCAAAUAUGUAGACUUUAAACACACAAAUGUGGAAGAAUAUAUACCUGAUGUGUUAAGAUUAUCAAACUCAAGCUUUGGUGUACAUUUAAGAGAUGCUACAAGGUACAGGAUUGUAAGAAAUCAUGAACGUCGCUUUGACUACAGAACAGGGGUGGGUACCGGUACAGAAAAUCCAAGUACAGGUACGGCCCAGGUCCAGAGGAUCAGGUCCAGGUACGGAACUGAACCUAGACCUAAUUAUCUGUGAGAGCUUGUGAAUGGGCGAUACUCAUUUUGCCUUGAAGGAUUUUUUGUGUGGAGUAUCCGACUUCCACUGGCGUGGACUUAACUUAACUAAGACCACGUCUGACUGUAGAAACUUGGUAAAAAUGACCAUCAACUCUCCUGCACUUCACUCUUUUUACCUCUGGACCUGUAAGCCCACAAACUCGUCAACAGCUGCCGGUAUAAGCCGUCCAUUUUCUAAUUGGUCCAAAAUCCGGUCAACUGAUUUUUUGAUCAGGUCCGGGUUUUUUCUGAACCUGUCCAACAAGAAAAUCGAUUUUGUAUCGAUGAACCGCACAGGUACCCACCCUUAGUACACAACGCUUAGAUGAUUGUGUUCUCAGAGUCCAUUGGGUGUCUUCGAUGACGUAUCAUUACUGUUGGUAGUUCUUAAAUGCAAUGGGCAAGACAACACGUUCCAUGGCUCCUGUGCAUACAGCACGCUAUCAUUCCUAACGAUGGGGCUUUCAUGUCUGGUAAUAACAGAUAUUACUAGUGUUUAUAGAUAUUAGGCUUUUCAGUUAUAACACUGAGUAUGACAUUAUCAUUAUGAUAUAUGAUAAAUGAUUCAUCUUUAGCUGCAUAUCAAAUGUACAUUACAUCUGGCACUGUUAAUAAUAAAUUACUAACUUAAGUGCAGUGCCACACAGUCCUCGUCUGUCCAAAAGUGAAUAGAAAAAAAACGUAUUAUACAAGUUAUUACAGCAGACGCUCAAGUUAUUGCACAGUAGUUUGACAAAGGUGUAAAGUAUUAAAAAAAACAAUAAAUAUGUACAAACUUGA